CCCAAGAAACGUCUCCUCUCUCCCUCCCUCUUCAUCAGUUCAGCGUCCUCCCUCCGCUUCUCUCCUUCACCAUCCUUGCCAUGGCUCUGGAUUCUGUUCCUGCCUAUCUCAGCGACUUGGGAUCAUCCCACAGGGCUGUCAGAACCCAGCAGCAAAGGAUCAGGAAAGAUGAGCGCACCUGGACCUCGGACACUUACGCUCCGUAUGAUGACGGGCACCAGUGGAGGAAGUACGGCGAGAAGAAGCUCUCAAACUCCAACUUCCCAAGGUUCUAUUACAGAUGCACCUACAAGAACGACAUGAAGUGCCCUGCCACAAAGCAAGUCCAACAGAAGGACACCAGAGAUCCUCCAUUGUUUUCCGUCACUUACUUCAACCAUCACACCUGCAGCACCAGCUCUAAUCCCAUGGGAAGCACGAGAGAUACUGCUGCACAAUCAUCCUCGAGGAAGGCGGUAUCAAUCUGCUUCAGCCCGCACACAGCCAGUGAGCAGCCCGCAUUCUUGACAUCCUCGGCGAUGCCAGUGUCCCCGAACGUACAUUCUUUCGGAGCUAAUCAACAACCAGAGAGGAGCCCCUACGCAAGCCAGUUUCAGUGGACAGACGCAUCGUCUCCUUCUACAAGUAACAGUCAGGUUCAGAUGGAGGUUGACAGUUUUUCAGCAGCAAGCGCGUCGUCCAGCAGCAGGGUUGCUCUGCCGAGGACGUUGCUGCCGAUCGGUCAGUCCAGAUGCAUCGAGUACUUCCAUUUCUUGUGAUGCUGUUCAUGGAAGAAGAAGGCUAUAUAUGCUGGGACCCAACCUACAGACAGAUCCCCAUAUAGAUAUUACAGUCCUGUUGCUUACUUCUUUACAUGCAUAUUCAAGCCACGUUUCUGUGCUUGAAUGAUGUGGAGAAUGGUAUUGGAGUUUCUUUUAUUUGAUAGUACGUGAUACAGAAAAGGGUUGUUGAGGUAGCUUUAUUUGUUUGUUUAGAGAUGAGACUAGUAUGUAUGUCUCGAAUUCCUGAAUCCUGACAGCAGAGUCGCUUGGUCAUUCUGCUACCUACUGAAACACUGAACGUUACAGAUUCUGUAUACAGUUACAGUUUUAUUAA